AUGCAGGUGCAAUUCGGUACAGUGACCGAUUUUUUCGAUUCAUUGCAAGGGACCGAAUCAUUCCCUUUGCUUGAUGGUGAUUUCUUCCCAUAUGUAGAUAAUCUGAAUACGCUGAGUGGAAGUUGGACUGGUUUCUACAAUCAUCGACCCUAUCACAAGCGAUUCGAACGCAUCGUACAGGCGAAGUUGCGCGCUGUUGAUUUAUUAUGUGUUGCUGUUGGAACAUGUGCUGAAAUCAGUGAACGGAAUGAAAUUUCGAGACGUGAUUUAGCUCUAUUUCAACAUCAUGAUGCAAUCACUGGAACAAGUCAACGACCAGUUAUGCUUGAUUAUCUGAAGAGGUUUCAGUUUACAACUUUUGCUUUGUUGGGCUCCUCAGUUUCUCAGAGCAUAAUGGUGAAUUCGAAAGGAAUCUGA